AUUUAGUAGUUAUUGUGUCUUUCAUGGCGAAGUAUUAAUACUUACAAUUAGAGGAGUUUUAUUUUGAAAAAAAAAAAAAAACAAAAAAUUCAAGAUGAUAGCUGAUUUUUAUAAACAAUCUGAUAUUUUUAUUACUGGUGGUUCUGGUGUUGUUGGAAAAGCUGCAAUUGAAAAAAUUCUUCGAUCAUGUGAUGUGAAAAAUAUAUUUAUAUUGCUGAGACCAAAGAGAGGCCAAACACCAGAGACACGUUUAGAAGAAGUUAAAAAUUCAAGGAUCUUCAAUGUUCUUAAAGAACAAAAGCCAAAUGAAUUAGAUAAACUUGUAGUUAUUCCCGGCGAUAUAACUGUAGAAGGGCUUGGUAUUUCUUCGGAAAAUAAGCUACUAUUACAAAACGUAUCAAUCUUCAUAAAUUCAGCUGCAACAACACGAUUUGAUGAACCAAUACGAAGAGCAAUUGAAAUUAAUGUCAAGUCAACUCUUGUAGCACUGAAAUUGGCUGAAACAUUGUCAAAUCUAAAAAUAUUUCUUCAUGUUUCAACAUUCUUUUGUAAUCCUUUUGUUAAUUUUCUGGAAACUAAAAUGUAUCCAGCCGUUUUCGACUGGAGGAUAGCGUUGAAAACACUUGAUUUACCAGAAGAAGUCGAUUCAAAUUUAGCUGCAGUAACCGAUAAAUUAACUGCAGGCUUUCCAAAUACUUAUGUGUUCACUAAGCAUCUUGCAGAACAAUUGGUCAAUGAUUACCGAACAAAACUGCCAGUUGCAAUUUUCAGACCUUCCAUUGUUGUUGGAGCCCUUCAAGAACCUGAGCCAGGAUUUACAGAAACAAUGACUGGAGUUAUGGGUCUUUUCGUUGUUUGGGGAACAGGCUUUAUUCAAGUUCUGUUGUGUAGUAAGAAGUCUGUUUUAGACUUCACACCUUUGGAUAUGACAACUAAACUAAUGAUUAUGUUCAUAGCAAAUACGGGACAGUUGAAAAAGAAAACAUUUGACGAAAAAAUUCCAAUUUUAAUGUCCUCAUCAAAAAAUCUACUUUUCAAUACUUUUGGUGAAAUUGGAACAAUGAUAUCGAAAUUAGUUAAGGAGCAUCCAUAUGAGAAAUCAUUUUGGAUACCACAUAUAACACAAACAGGAUGUGCAUUUGUCUUUUACAUUUAUUUUUUCCUCCUUCAAUUGUUACCAGCAUUUAUAUUUGACGCUCUCAUGAUGUUAUUUCGCCGGAAACCUAUGUUUAUGAAACUUCAAAGAAGACUAUUAAUUAAUUCUCAAGCAUUGAGAUUUUUCAUUUCAACGGAAUUUAAUAGCGAAGGUACAAAAGAUUUCCAAGAAUAUGUUAAAAUAGGUAAAGGAACUGAUUUCGAUUUAACUGAGUUAGCAGCAUGUUGCCUUACUAAUGAAGGUAUGAUAAAUGUACUUACUGUCAUUAUUAGAGGAUGCCGAAAGUUUUUGCUUAAUGAGGACGAAUCAACUUUGUCACAAUGCAGAACUAAGCUUAAGAUAAAACUGUUGCUGUACAGCAUCUUACGUAUUGCUGUAAUGUUUGCUGUUGGAUGUUACAUCUAUCGAAGAGUGAUAAAUUAUUUUAUAGAAUCGUAAAGUUUUUAUUAAAUUAAAAAUUUAAGAAAAAAUAAAUGUUAAAUAAGAAAAAAAGCAAAAAUACAAUUUUU